AUGGCUGAACAACAGGAACCAGAUGUCGAUUCCAUCGUCAACAGACUUUUAGAAGUUAGAGGAUCAAGACCUGGCAAACAAGUCCAAUUGGCAGAAAAUGAAAUUAGAUAUCUUUGUACCAAGGCCAGAGAGAUCUUUAUUUCCCAACCAAUUUUAUUAGAGUUAGAAGCUCCUAUCAAGAUUUGUGGUGAUAUUCAUGGUCAAUAUUAUGAUUUGCUAAGAUUAUUUGAAUACGGUGGAUUCCCUCCAGAAGCCAACUAUUUGUUUUUGGGGGAUUAUGUUGACAGAGGUAAACAAUCUUUGGAAACUAUAUGCUUGUUAUUGGCUUACAAAAUCAAAUAUCCUGAAAACUUCUUCAUCUUGAGAGGUAACCACGAAUGUGCCUCCAUCAACAGAAUUUACGGUUUCUACGAUGAAUGUAAAAGACGUUAUAACAUCAAAUUGUGGAAAACUUUCACUGAUUGUUUCAACUGUUUACCAAUUGCGGCCAUCAUUGACGAGAAGAUCUUUACAAUGCACGGUGGUUUGAGUCCAGACUUAAACUCCAUGGAACAAAUUAGAAGAGUUAUGAGACCAACGGAUAUUCCAGAUGUUGGUUUGUUGUGUGAUUUGUUGUGGUCGGAUCCAGAUAAGGAUAUCACCGGCUGGUCAGAAAACGAUAGAGGGGUUUCUUUCACAUUUGGUCCAGACGUUAUUUCGCGUUUCUUGCAGAAACAAGAUAUGGAUUUGAUUUGUAGAGCCCAUCAAGUUGUAGAAGAUGGUUAUGAAUUUUUCAGUAAACGUCAAUUAGUGACUCUUUUCUCUGCUCCAAAUUAUUGUGGUGAGUUUGAUAAUGCCGGUGCCAUGAUGAGUGUGGACGAAAGUUUGUUAUGUUCUUUCCAAAUCUUGAAACCUGCUGAAAAGAAGGUGAAAUACAGCUAUGUUAACAAUAACUCAAGAUCUGUGACACCACCAAGAAAGCCAAAGAAGGUGACCAAAUAA